UUCAGCCUAGGGUUUUGUCUCCACAGCGCUCCGACCCCUGCUCCCCCUAUCUUAUAUAUAUAUAAGCCUCCCCCGCCUCCUCUUCCCUUUGCGCACCGCCUCCACCCCGCCGCCGACGCAGCAACCGCCACCGUCGCCAUGGCCCGGAUCAAGGUGCACGAGCUCCGGGGGAAGAACAAGGCGGAGCUGCAGGCGCAGCUCAAGGAGCUCAAGGCCGAGCUCUCCCUCCUCCGCGUCGCCAAGGUCACCGGCGGAGCCCCCAACAAGCUUUCCAAGAUCAAGGUGGUGCGCACGUCGAUCGCGCGCGUGCUCACGGUGAUCUCGCAGAAGCAGAAGUCGGCGCUGCGCGAGGCGUACAAGAAGAAGAAUCUUCUCCCCCUCGACCUCCGCCCCAAGAAGACCCGCGCCAUCCGCCGCCGCCUCACCAAGCACCAGCUUUCUCUGAAGACAGAGAGGGAAAAGAAGCGUGAGAAGUACUUCCCCAUGAGGAAGUAUGCUAUCAAGGCCUAGGUCAGAACUGUGAGAUGCAAUGCCUAGCAUACCACCAGCUGUUUCUUUGCCUAGGAAGUAUCCUAAGUUCUGAUUUGUAUGGACAUUCCUUGUUGGUCAAAAGUACGGUGUAUUUGCUCUGUUACCUCAAAUGCCUAGAUUGGUUCAAGUGGCAGUUCGUAUUGGCACUGGAAUCUUACAUGCUUCGGUGUGAA